AUUCUUAAAGAUUGUUUACAUUUGCACAGUAUGUCAGCUGCCGGGAGGUAAACAAAGGAUUUUGGAGCGCAGAAAAUACCAUAAUAUUUCACGUUUUGACAAGAUGUAAGAAUGUUUCAUGUCAAUGUGGAUUUUUGAGAGCCAAAUAUUCUACCCAAAAAAGCUGAGGGUUCUAGCUUGUUUGUGAAGGAUGGCAUUAGAACUACCAGAUGGCGAGUCAACAAGAGAACUCAUCAAGUGUGUGGUCGUAGGAGAUGGUGGUGUUGGAAAAACAAAGCUCAUUUGUGCACAAGCGCUCGGACAAUCUAUUAAACUUGAACCUAAACGUACACUUCUGCAAUGUGCUCAUGGCUCACACAAACCCUCAGUAUUUGCAAUUGACAAGUAUUACAAGUCUGCUGAGAUUCAAGCAAGAAGCAACAUGAUCAUUGAUGGUGUCCCAGUUGCUUUACGACUAUGGGACACAUUUGGAGACCAUCAAAAGAAUCGAAGAUUUGCAUAUCAGAAUUCUCACGUUGUCGCCCUGUGUUUUGCUGUCAACUGCCCUCAGUCUUUGGAAAGUGUGAAUUACUUCUGGUACAAUGAAAUAAAGAAUUUCUGUCCAAGAACGCCAAUUAUAUUAGUUGGAACUAAGUCGGACUGUAGACAGGGUCAACCACCAGAGGAAAUGAAUCCGUUCAAGCGGACAAAUUUUUCUCAAACCCUCCGAGAAUGCAGUAUUGUCGCGCCUAGAAUGGGUAGACAAAUUGCUCAAGAAAUUGGAGCAUAUUACUAUGAAUGCAGCGUCCUUUCCAUGUCUGGAUUGCAAGAUGUUUUUCACAAUAUCAUCCGGGCAGCACUUUGUAACCAAAGAGCAAAGAGAUUGUUGUCAAAGCAACUAAGAAAAGUGUUACCACCGCAAUUGCAAGUGCCGCAAAAACCCCCACGACCCCAAACCCCAGCGAUUGAGGUCCCACCUUCCACCUACCAAACUGAUUUAACAUCUCUCCUAGAAAGUCAGUUUCAUUACGAUGUGGUUUUUAUUGUUGAGGGCAAACAAAUCAAAGCCCAUAAAGCUAUCCUCACUGCAGCAGCAUGUAAAAUGCCAAACCUUUUUGCCAUGAAAUCAUUGGAUGACGACAAAUGCUUGAUAGAAUCGCAACAUAUUCAUGCGGACAGCCACUCUGUGACAAUCAUCAACACUGAUUCAUCUCUUACCUUUGAUGCACUAAACCAUCUUCUUCAGUUUCUUUAUUCAGGUUCCAUGCUAUCAAACAUCACCCCAGAUAUUCUCGAGGCUGCAAAAUUUUUAAACACAACUAUUGUCAAAUGCAUUGAAAGUGGCGAAGACGUUUCCUCGAACAGUUUCAUCUUGUGGAAGACGAUUGUUGUAGAAAAUAUGCGAAACUUACUCUUUAAGAAACAGCUCGUAUUUGCAGAUAUUUUCUUUGACCUCGAGGACAAUAUUAUUCCUGCACACAAAGCCAUAUUAAUGUCACGUUGCCCCAUGAUGGCCGCGAUGUUUCAAGAAGGUCAUUUUGAAGAAGCAAACAGGCAAAUAGUCAAACUUCCUGACAUGAAUUUGAAAGCUUUUUUAGCGGUGUUGGAAUAUCUUUACACUGACGAAGUAAGCAAGAACUACCAGGACAACAAGGUUGCUGCAAUGGCUGUAGCAAAUUUCUUUUGUCUACCAAGAUUGGUUGCUCUGUAUGAGAAACUGAUUGUCGAAGAGACAGAAACGGAUAUAUUCAAUGUGAAAACUGUUGUUGAAUAUCUUCUCGCCGCCGAGAUGCACAACGCAACACAAUUGAAAGCAUGGACAGAGAAUUACAUCAUUGUCAAUUUUGAGAAAGUCAACGCAGCUGCGUUGAACGAGCUUCCGGCAAACACGGCAAGGAGCCUGGAAUCCAGGAGAUGGCCACCAGUCUGGUAUCUGCUUGAAAAUGAUUGGUACAUAAAGGCUGCAACGAAGGAGAAUAUCAAAGUGCAAAAGAAACGAAAGUAAUAUCAUUUUAGGAAGCUCAGAUGGACUGUCGUCGUUCAUUGAUCAAGUGAAAGAUUGUUCACGCACUAAGAUAACACUUGUUUGUUAGUAGCUGUUCUUCUGAAUUAUUGUAGUUAUAAAGUAUAGUGGAGCAUCUUUACUAGAGUGCUUGUGUGUCAUCAUAAAGAAACAGAAAGUUGACACAAAGUUGAUACUUUGAUAUAAAUAGUCGUUAAUGAAGUUUUGGGAAUUAGACUCUAUAGUGGGUAUGAAAUACCAGGGGAUAUCUGGGGAUAUAUAUGUAUGUGUGAGAAAAUAUUUUUGUACGCAUGUGCAGACUUUCGUCUAAAAAAAUUGCGUAAGUUAAUCGAUUUAUAUUAUUUACUUUAAGUUAGAAAUGGGUGUAUGAACUGGUUGUAUUUAAAAACACAACAUAAAGUGUAAAUA